UGACCCAGUGACUGAACGAGAAAGAUAUCAUUUUAUCGUGGCGUAUUACUCAAUGGCUAAUAUAAUCAGACACUGUAUGCUGGAUUCGGAGUGUCAUGUGAAAAACAAUGUUUCAGUUGAAGGGAUCUUGUUUGCGAUGUUAAAACAGCAUCUGUGCGUUUGUAAAAUUAGAGAUGAUCAGCUGGCUUAGUUUACUAACAAACCACGUGGUCUACUAUAGUACUGUUGGAGUCACGAAUAUUGAUUCAUGAACGCAGGGGUUAUCUUGUUUACAUUUCUCAGCCACUCGUAUUAGAGGAGGCGUGGCUUAAAUAGCUGUCUGUCAAAAUUGAUGCGUCAUUAAAGGUACCACGUGACUACGCGUCCAUAUAAAUGUAUUUCUUGCAAGCCCGUCUGGAUAGAAGAACUUAGUUGGGGCAGCUGAAAGUUUGACGUUUGAAGUACAUUAAGUUUGAUCGCGCAUGUUGGACAGAAAGUGACACAGUGCUUUUUUUUGUUUUUUCUGGUGUUGCUGUUUUGAUGAAUCUAUGAAAAUGGUUCCCCAACAGAAUAGUAUUUCGGAUGAUGGAAAUAAUAAUGUGGAAUCUAGUCCUACUCAUCCCAAACCCUGUAACUCGGCGAACUCAGCAGCCUCACAGUUUGGAUCACAACAAGUCAACCCUAACUCGGCGACACCGUAUUCCGAUGCCACAAACUGUAAGAAAGCAGCGAAUCAUGUGAAAAGACCAAUGAACGCCUUCAUGGUUUGGUCUCAAAUGGAAAGGCGAAAAAUUUCCGAAGUGUCACCAGAGAUGCAUAACGCUGAAAUCUCUAAAAGAUUAGGAAGACAGUGGAAACUUCUUAACGACGAUGAUAGACAACCGUUCAUUGAAGAAGCUGAGCGUUUGCGACUACUUCAUCUUCAGGAAUACCCCGACUACAAAUACCGACCCAGGAAGAAGAGCAAGGCUGCCGAAAAAGUGAUAGGAGGUAAGGUCUCAAAACCUGCUAAAGUUCGUAGUGAUAAAAGUAAGAAACUUGUAAAAAGUGCUCAACAACUGUGUGAAUCCAACCACAUUACAACAUCUUCUUUAAGCUCUGUUAAUACUAAUCGUCUUAAACUCAAGCUCACCAUCGACAAGAAGUUUAAAGACAGUAUCCGGGCAAGUAAGCAGGUACCCGUGUCUACCCAGUUAACCCCUCCAGCGAAGGUUCCCUCCAGUCCCUCGGUGUACAGACCCCCAACCCCCGAGUCAGCUAGUUUCUAUGGUGAAGAUAUGUACGAUUCGGCCGUGGCGGUAACUCGUGUUGAGCCCCAGAAAGUCCUGCCUACAGUACAGAGAGUGAUAGAUCAACAAAUGGAUAACUCCGCCUCGUUAGCUGACUUGGAUAAUCUUACUGAUGUGCUACAGCUGCCUUCCAAUUGGCAACUUGAAUUAGGUAACAUGGACUUGGCCAAGUUAGCCGAUACUGACUUUAAUAUAGACUUCCAAGGUAAUUCCAAUAGUGCAUCUCAUUUCGACUUUCCGGAUAAUUCAUACCAGGAGGUGUCUGAAAUACUAGGACUUGAAAAUGGGUGGCUAGAAUCAAGCCUCAACUCUCUUAUUUCAACGUAGUUAACACGCCCCCAGACAAAAUGUGUUCAAACUUAUCAUGAAAGAAUGGACUGAGUUGAACAGACGGAGUUCUUCUCCGUGCUAUCUACGCCUAGACUCAGACGAACGGUGUAAACGGAGUUAAAGGAGAAACUGUGCCUCGACCGGGCAAAGAGCCAUGUUCAAAUUCCGAGCCUUCUAUCACUCACUAGCUAUGCAUUGGACCAAAACAUACGACAAUCCUAGUCAUAUCCCUUCCUUCAAAGUGUAUUGACAGGGCCGACGAAACGAAUAUCCUGUGUAUUUUUACGCAGUUUCUUUUGAAUCGAAAAAGUUAUUUAUUCGAUCAAGAACUGUAUUUCCUGUAUAGGAUAAAAUAUUAUCCAGCGCCGAGACAAAAUAUGUAGUGUAUUUUUGUGUAUUGACUUUGAUACUUUUUAAACAAACGUUGAACUGUGGUUCAUAAAAGCAGCUAGCUAACAAACUGUGCCUCAUGGAUUCCUUGUGCAAACAUGGAUAACUCAAAUCAAGUGCGGAUUUAUAGAACGUGUAUAAUAUUAUAUUUUCUCAUAUAUCGUGGGUAAUAAAUUACGCAUAAUACCCACCUCAUUUUUGUACAGACUUGUAUCAUAUUCCAGAGUCAAUAUAUAAUUCCCUCAGUUCAUUUUUUGUAAAUUUUGUAGAAUUUUUACAAAGAUUAUAUUAAAGUAUUCAUUUUUUAAAAUGAAAAGCUCAAAAUAAUUAUAUAAUUUUUAAAGAGAUUUUUGUAAAAAAAAAAUAAAAAUAAAAAUGGGUUAUAAUACUGAAAGUGUUAACCAUAAUAUAAUAGAAGUAGGGUGAUAUAUAUAUAUAUAUUUAUUUAGUAUUGUAUUUUGUACACCCGAUAAUUAAUUAUGCUGAACAAAGGCGUGUUAAAUUAUGAAUUUAAACUAUACAUUAACCAACGAAUCGUCCGUUUUUCGGACUAUUAUGUAUGACUAUUUUAUAUAUAUAUAUGU